AUUAACAGCUAUAAAGUGAGGCCAGAGUUUGAACACUCCUAUCAGAAUUCUUUUUUAUCUCGUUCCGAAAGCGAAAAUAGAUUAUUCAGAAUAUUGCCAGCUUGAGCUUGAAUAUUGCUUUGAUUCGAAGAAAAAGAAGGCGUUUGUUCUGGAAAAGUACUUAACUAAUAUUGCCUGUGCCAGACAGCUAGGGCAGAUUCGAAGAAUGAAAAUAUAUUUUCGGAAGGAUUCUCUUUGAACAUUGACUGUGCUAAUGUCUGGUAUUUCCUCGGAUUGUUCAGAUUCAUAAAAAAAAAAGACGGAUUUCUGGAGAAAUAUUUUUAUACACUGAUUAUAUCAGUAACAUAUCAAUUGAGGAAAAGUUAGGAGAACAUUAAUCUGCAUGAACAUAGUGACCCUUCAAAUUACUUCGAUUUUAAGACUCGGAAAAGAAAGAUGCAUCUUUUGAAAGGUUCUCACAAUGGUUGAAACAUUGUUAAGGUGAAAGGUUCACGCAUUGCCAAUAACUGUUGUUUAGCAUUUUCAGACAGACUAUUGUUGACAUCGUCUUUCACGUCAAGUUCUGGCUAAACUAGGGAUAUAUCAGAGGAAGAAAAAUUCACACCGUAUUUUUACAUAUGAAUGUAAGUGAACCUUCGUUUGGAUCUAUUCCGAAUGACAGAAAGAAGACAUAUUUAGAAAAGUAAUCAAUAAAACUCUGGCAGGGCCAAUGACUGUUCUUCAGAAUAUUCAUAUUUAGAGAAUGAGGAAUAAUCUCUAAGCUCUGCCAAUCUUGAGGAAGAAAAAUAGAAGAAUAAAGACCGAAAAGUAUCUUGCUAACAUGAACUUGGAUAAAUUAUUUUGGUUCCAUUCAAACUCGAAACCGAAGGACGUAUUUCACGAAAAAUUCUCAACGAUCACAAGCAAUGUCAGUUAUAGUUAUUCAAAAUAUGAAGACUUAUCUCAGGAAGAAUACACUUCAAACAACGAAACGGAAGAUGACAAGUAUGCGAUAUUUCAAUUCUAUAAAAUACUUUCAAUGAAAUUGUUAAAAACAUUCUCCAUCAGAUACGUUGAUGUAACGGUGUCCGUAAGACGUCUUAUCAGUAAUUUGAGUCAAGUAUCGUAUGGAGUACUACCUUCAACAAGAGAUUAUAAAGACAAAAGUUAUUGUAUUGGAUAUUUGCAUCGCUAUGCAGCUUGUCAUGCAGCUUUAGUAUUUGAUGCUGUAUCGGACAUCCUUGAUCCAUCAUCAUCUUCUGAUGUUUUAUCAGCCAAAUUACAGAAAAAGAGCCUGAAUGUAAUGUUUUUAGGAGCCGGUCCCGGUAAUGACUUUGUGGGAUUUUUGAUUGCGUUGCUUGGUCAUCAUUACCACCUGUUUGAUUUGGAUGUCACCGUUGUGGACAAGAUAUCUGGUUGGGAAGCCAUAUUCAACGAAACUCUAGAAAGUUUGAAGCGAGGUGAUUGUGGAAAAGCUAGUUCCAUCUUUGAUGAAGUAAAUGUUACUACAACUUUCAUAUCGGCUGACCUGAAAGAUUCCGAUGAAUGGGAUGAAAAUAUGCGAACUAAAUUAGCAACUGCUGAUGUCGUGUUCUUCGUUAAAACUUUAUCCCACAUUCCUGAUGAUGAUAAGUUACUUAUUUUACAGAAUGUUGUCAGCUUCAUGAAAUUGGAUUCCCAUCUUAUUUAUAUCGAUUAUCCCUAUCCGUACGCAGUUUUUGCGUCACUGAGGAAUCAGUUGAGAAUUGUAUACCAGGCUUGGGAAAUGAGGUAUCUUUUGGGCCAUAAAGACAAUGCCUUCGGUUGCAGCAAUAUUGAUUCAUGUGGAGCUGUUGUAAAAAUAUUUGAAAGAUACGAGAAUGGUUAUUCCGAUCUUUAUUUUUGAAUUUGAGUGAAAGAUUAAAUAUAAGAAAACAAAUUUACAAAAAAAAAGUUAAUUGGCUUCAAAUAAACGAAGAAUAAUAUCAAUAAUACUAUCAUUUAUGGUAAUCAUGUGUGAAUUUUUUGCUUUAUAUUCAUUGGAAGAUAUCCUUGUAACAUUGUCAUAAAUACUAUAGUACUUUUUGAUAGAAUUUAUUCAAAUGGACUUAUGCAUCGAAUAAUAAUUUUAAAUUUCUAAAUUGAAAUCAAUAUUUAUAGGUUUUAUUAUACAAAAAUGAUAUAAAAAAUACCCAUAGCUCAAGUCUUAAAGGAAGAUUUAAGCACUUACAAGUCAAUCAAAACAAGAACAUAUAUCGAAAGAUUACAUCAGUUAAUCAGACAAUAAAGAAAACUAAACUGCCAAACGAUAAAAUACUCACAUUUUUUUGCAGUAAUUUUAAAUCUUUUAAUUAAACAGAGAUGGAGCUACACAUUCUUGUAAUGAAAUAUGGCAACAAUCUAAUGAGAUAAUAGAAAAAACUGAACGAUCCAAGAGAACCAAAGAUACUCAGUUUUUCCCAUAGAAAUUGCUUAUAAAUGCAAACUUAUUUGAUUGAUAUAAAACAAAAACUAAAUAAAUAGCGGAAUAGAUAAUGAUUGUCAUUCUUAUAAAAAAAUUAUGACAGUUUUUGUAUAUUGGGUAUAUUUUUCGUAAAAUAUACCCAAAUUUUGAUAUGAAAACACAUUUAUAUAUUUUAUACUGGGAAUAUGUAUCAUGUUAUCGUAUUAUGAAUAUUAAUAAAUUUAUUUUUAAUCAAUCAAACCAUUUUUAUUUUAAAUAAAAUUUAUUUUACUAAAAAUUAUACAAUUUAAAAAAAAAAACUUUUUUCGAGUUUUAAAAUCAAACCUUUUCAGACUUUUAAUAUAAAAUGGGUUAAAAUUAACGAGAUGGACUUAGAAUCCAUAUGAAUUGCCCACUUUAAUUAACCAAAUUUGCAUUAUAUUUUACUAUAAAAAUAAUUGAGAACAUCCAAAUAAAAUUUUCCAGUUCACCGAAGUUAAAAGCCGAAAAAAUAUGCGGAUAGUAUUUGAUUAAGAUU